GCAUGAAGUGUCCGAGCCCCUGAACCAAAUAGCGGUUGGCCCGUGUAUCCAAAAUUCAGGAAGAAAAAACACAAACUCCAAUGUAAAAAACCCUUAAAAGAAAUCAAAUCCAUAGAAACCAGUCGAAAAUAAAUUUUCAGGAAAAACCCAGUUUUAAGCCUUUGAGGAAAAUAUGAGCAUGCAACUAGGGAGAAUUAAGGCUCUUUUCUACAACAGAUGGCUGGUCUUUGUAGCUGCAAUGUGGGUUCAAUCUGUUGCAGGGGUUGGUUACAUAUUUGGGAGCAUCUCCCCAGUUAUAAAGAGCUCCCUCGGUUAUAAUCAGAGGCAGCUUGCAAGGCUUGGUGUUGCUAAAGACCUUGGUGGUAGUGUUGGUUUUGUUACAGGGAGUCUCUCUGCAAUUUUGCCACCAUGGGGAGCUCUUUUAGUUGGAGCUGUUUUAAAUUUUGUUGGGUAUGGCUGGGUGUGGCGCAUAGUCACAAAAAGAGUGGCCACUCUUCCCUUAUGGGCUAUGUGUGUGCUUAUAUUUAUUGGUACAAAUGGAGAGACCUAUUACAACACGGUCGCAUUGGUCUCAUGUGUUCAAAACUUCCCCACGCACAGGGGUCCAAUUGUGGGGAUAUUGAAGGGAUUUGCAGGCCUCAGUGGUGCAAUUUUGACCCAAAUAUAUUUUGUGAUCAAUUCCCCUGAUGAAGCUGCACUCAUCUUUAUGAUAGCUGUAGGACCAGCUUUGGUGGUCAUUGCUCUUAUGUUCUUUGUUAGACCAGUUGGAGGGCACAGACAAGUUCGAACUUCUGAUACUUCAAGCUUCACAUUUGUGUAUAGUGUAUGCCUCCUUUUGGCCGCUUAUUUGAUGGGAAUUAUGUUAGUCGAAGAUUUAACAGAUGUUAAUACUGAUGUGACCAUAGUGUUCACUACUAUAUUGUUUAUUCUUGUUUUGCUUCCCAUUGUUAUACCUUUGAAAUUGAAUUUUUCUGAGGACUCCAAAUCUCGAGUAGAUAGGAGCCAAUUGCAAGAGCCUCUACGACAAGAAACAGAUGAGCAACCCAUAAGUACACCUGAUGUAAUAUUAAGUGAAGUUGAGGAUGAGAAGCCAAGGGAGGUUGAUUUGCUCCCAGCUUCUGACCGGAAGAAGAGAAUUGCAGAGUUGCAGGCUCGAUUGCUAAAUGCAGCUGCCGAUGCUGUGAAGAGGAGGAGAGGGCCGCGUAGGGGGGAAGACUUCACUUUGAUGCAAGCAUUGAUUAAAGCUGAUUUUUGGCUAAUCUUUUUCUCACUCCUGUUGGGUUCGGGGUCAGGCCUGACAGUGAUUGAUAACUUGGGUCAGUUGAGCCAAUCCUUGGGGUACGAGAACACCCAUAUAUUUGUUUCCAUGAUCAGCAUUUGGAACUUUCUUGGUCGAGUUGGUGGGGGUUACAUUUCUGAGGUUGUUAUCAGCCACUAUGCAUAUCCAAGACCAUUUACAAUUGCUAUAGCACAACUGGUAAUGGCCAUUGGUCACUUCCUCUUAGCCAUGGCAUGGCCUGGGGUCAUUUAUGUUGGCACCUUACUCAUUGGCCUCGGUUACGGCGCACAUUGGGCUGUCAUCCCAGCCACUGCAUCUGAGCUAUUUGGUUUGAAGAACUUUGGCAUCUUAUAUAAUUUCAUCUCCUUGGCAAACCCAGCUGGUUCCCUUGUAUUUUCAGGGGUGAUAGCUAGUACUAUUUAUGAUUAUGAAGCCGAGAAACAAGCUCAAGUGUACCACCCCAAAACAAGCUUCUUAGGGGUGAUAUGGAGUAUGCUUUCUAGGCCACUAAGCACGGAAGAGACGCUACAAUGUGAUGGAGCAGUGUGUUUUUUCCUGAUCCUUAUGAUCAUGUCAGGGUUGUGUAUCCUCGCGGCAGUGUUGAGUAUGAUUGUGGUGUAUCGGACCAAGGUUGUUUACGCUAAUCUCUAUGGGAAAUCUCGCUCAUGAAGGCCCUUGUGAUAAGCAUAAGGAUUGGGUUUGGCAGGUUGGUGUCUCACAAUCAGAUUGGGCAUUUCAACAAUAGUUGGGUUCAGGAUUAUGGUUUAUUUCUUUGACUCUCCGGUUGAGUUGUGUCAUGUUUAUGUUUAUUUGUGAGCAUUAUUUCAUUAUUAUUUAUUAUUUAUUGUUUAUUGAUAAGAAUCAAAGUGUUAUUGUAUUUUUCAACCAAUUUUUGUUGGGAAAAUUAUAAUCUGAAUUGCUUCUUCAAUUUCAUUGCAA